AUGUACCGCCACAAUGCAUUCGGCCUCAUGGCCAGCCUUCUAUUGCUCAACUCAGUCGCUGGCAAGCCGGCUCUAGGCCAAACCCCGCAAAUGGGCUGGAAUUCAUGGAACACGUUCAAGUCCAAUAUCAACGCUUCCGUGAUCGAGACCACCGUCCAGCUGUUUGAGGACCUCGGCCUCAAAGACGCGGGUUACGAGUAUAUCCUCCUCGACGAGGGAUGGUCGGAUUACUCGCGCACCGCGGACGGAUACCUCCAGCCCAACUUGACCUCAUUCCCUAAUGGCCUCAAGCCGCUCAUAGACGAUAUCCACGCCAAGGGUCUGAAGAUCGGUUUGUACGGCGAUAGCGGGAUCCUAACCUGUGGCUUUCGGCCAGGAAGCUGGGGCUAUGAGGAGCGGGAUGCACAGACGCUCGCGAGCUGGGGCGUGGAUUACUGGAAGUAUGACAACUGCGGCGGUUUUCAGGCCAUGACGGAGCCGCCGCAAGUCCGAUUUGGAGUCAUGCAAAAGGCGCUGGAGCUGUCUGGUCGGGAGAUCUUCUACUCAGUUUGUGAGUGGGGAUAUCAGUUUCCGUGGCAUUGGGGAGGGAAGAUCGGCCACUCCUAUCGCAUGUCGGGCGACAUCACCGCCAAAUUCACAAACGAGACGGGCUGCGCUUGUAAGACAGCAUACUGCCUCAACACCGGGUAUGCGGGCUGCUCGGUGCUCAGCAUCAUCCGCAAGAUGCGCGAGAUCAGUCAGUACCAGACGCCGGGACACUGGCUGGACAUGGACAUGCUGGAGAUCGGCAACGGCGAUAUGACGCUGUACCAGCAGCAGACCCAUUUUGCGUUUUGGGCGGCGCUCAAGUCUCCGCUGAUUAUCGGGGCGGAUUUGUCCAAGCUUUCGAACGAGAGCGUGGCUGUUCUGAGAAACAAGGAUAUUAUCGCACUUAACCAGGACUCGCUGGGCCAGGCGGUGCGUUACAUCGAGUCUGCCAGUAAUGAGGGAUCAUGGCAGGUAUGGGCGGGCCAGGUGCAAGGUGGAUAUGUCGUUCUUCUGUUGAAUGAGAAGAGCUAUCCUCAGGAUCUGUCGGUCUCAUUCGUUGACCUGGGACUGGGAAUUAAUGGGCCGGUCAAGACCACCGAACUGUGGUCUCACAAGACUUUGGGAAAGGUCGAUGGUUACAAGGGCGUGCUGCAGCCUUAUCAGACGCUGGUGUUUAGACUACGAUUUUAG